GCUGGGUGGGAACAGUGGGGCUUUGGGAAGUUGGAUGUAUGUCUCUUGAACAAGACUGCAGGUGCUGCUUUGCUCCCAUCAGGGUAUCUCCUGUGUGUCUGGGACUGCUCCAUACCAUCAGAAAGUUCGAAGUGUUUCAUAUGAGGUGUACAGAUUUGUUGCAGAUGUGUGAGUGCUGGAGCUGUGUUGGGUGCGCUGCAUGGUUUUGCUGGGAAGUUUCUUUUCUGUUUGGAUGUAUGUACCCAAGUGCUUGCUUGGAAUUGAAACUAGAGAAAGUCUGUGGUGAGGGCUGGUUUAAAACUGGAACUAAUGUUAAGUUCUAAGGGUUUGCAUCAUUUUAAUUUUGCUGCUUAGUGACUAGCACAUUGAGGUCUGCAUACCAAUGUUUGCUAAGCAAAAGGAUAUGUACUUCAGAGUUUUAUAUAAACAUAGGCAAUUGCUGUUCGCAGUCUUUUCUUCUGUAAAGCUGCAAAUAGAGUUUGAUCUGCACCUAAUUGUUAGAUUAUUUCUUCUAAUUGUAAUAUAGUUCAGUCUAUAAAAGCACAAUAUGAUGUAAUUGUUCCAGAAAGAAAACCUUUCCUGUACUCUGCAGUAUGGUUAGAAAGAAAAGGAAUGAGAAACUUCUCUAACCUCUCCCAGGCUGCUGAGAGAGCUAAUGAACUGUAUCUCAAACUCAUUUUCCUUCUCCUGGCAUCUAUUGUUGGAUGUGCAGGAAAACUUGUGCAUCCUCUUACCAUGAGGAGCACUUUGCCAUUUCAGUUAGUUUUGAUAUGUAAGAAAAUUAUCUGCUUAUAUGAACCGUAAAAGAAACAGGUUCAGUGUAUGCGAGUUUAGGUUCUAUUCUUCUUGUGCAAUUAGUGCACAUCAUUGCUCAGAGUGGGGGUUGUUUACAGGGAAGUGUUUGUGAGCAGAGCCAUGUGCAUUUUCUGUUUAUGUUGUGGGAUUCUUUUCACUGUCUCCAUGGAGCCUUGAACUGGACCAAGAUUAAGGUGAAGGCUUAUUUGAAGAUGUGGCCCAUGAAGCUUUUCUUUUUUAGCUUCUUUGAUUUUUAUUUUUAAUGAAUCUAUAACAGCUUAAAGAAAGGGGAAAAAAGGCUUUGUGUGCUGAGAUAGGAUCAAUAUUAAUCCAGUCCCACAUCAAGACCUCUGUCUUAGCUGUAAACAGGGCUCAAACUGUCAAACCUUUCCAGAAUCACCAACUACCCAAGUGCUUUGAAAGGUGAUUAAAGCAGCUCCAGGUCUCCCAUAGUUAAGUGUGUUCCAAACCAUUUUCAGCAGAAUUUCAGGCUGCUUGAAUCUCACUGCUAAGUGGUGGGGAGAAGCCAGACCAUAACCCAGUAGGAAAGCUCUCACAGGCAGCAGGAGCUGGCUGUCAGACUUCUGAGGGCCUUGGCUCAGCUCCUUGGUGUCAGAUGGCAUGUGGGAAUAAAUAAGGUGCCACAGGAUUGGAAGGAGAAAAAGAGUUGACAUCUCUCAGAUGUGCUGCUGUACGUUUGCAGCGUUCACUUCUUUAAAACCUUGCAGUUCCUGUUUUCUUUCCAGCAACUACGGGCACAUAGGAUGGUUUGGGUUGGAAGGGACUCAUCAUCUAGUUCAAUACCCCUGAUAUUGAAAGGGACAUCUCCAUCUAGACCAGGCUGUUCAGUAGAUUGGUUUGGAUCACCUGAAAAACACCACCUGUAGGGCUGAUCCAGGGAGACUGAGAGCACUGAGCAAGGAGAGCUCCUGGUCUGAUUUCAGAGACCACAUCCCCUGGCAAAUCUUUUAAAGCACAUUGGGGUUGAAGUUCUACUGUGGAAAGCAUUGCAGACUCUGCAGUUCCAAAAUUACACUGUGACCUUAAAUAGAAAGCAUAAUUUUAACUUGCUUUGGUGCUUUUGAAAACCUGAAAAACCUAAAUCUCUAAGUACUUAGCAACUGGUAGAACACUGAAAACUUGAGAGAAGUGAGAUUUAUGGUGGUGGAUGAGAUACACCCAAACACCAAAUGUCUAAUUGUCACAGGGAACCGUUUAUUAGAAACAUUUAUCCGUAUACCCUGUCAAACCACACAGACAUAAAUUCUAUAAAAAGAGUUGGAUGCUCUUCCACUCUUCUGCACUUCUCUUUCUAUAUUUUAUCUUGCCUGGAUGGAUAAAAAAUCACUGAAGAAUAAUAUAUAAAUCAAAGCAAGAAAUGUCCUGGAAGGUGACCUGUGGUUUCAGGGAACAGCUCUUUAGCUGCAGACCAGCAGUGCUUCCCUGUUUGAUCAUGGAUAACUGUUAUUUGAAUGUGGUUUUUCAGCUGUUUGGACACCGAAGUGACAGAAUCUUAGAACUGUUAAGCUUGGAGAAGGUCUCUAAAAUGUUGAGCCCUACCAUCCACUUAUCACCAGUAAUGCCCACUAAUUGACUUCAUUUAAUCCAUUGAUUUUAAUCACGAUUUUAAAAUGAUAUCCUAUGAGGUCAUAGCAUAAUUUCACUUCAGAUGAAGUAUCUAAUUUAUCCCCUAUUAGCCCGGGAAAAAAAAAAAACAAAACACAAUUGGAUUGACAUAAUUUAUUCUUGAUAGGUGCUGUAGCUGCUUUUAUCACCUUAUUGCUCUCUAAGUUUGUGUAAUUCAAUUUCUCUCAGCAUCUUUCCUAAAACUAGUUAAAUUAGCCUAUAAUUCCCUAGAAGAUUUCUUUCUAUACCUUAUUCUUGUGAUAUAUUUUUCCUGAUAUCAUGAUUUGUAUUAUUAUUUGCUCUUCCUGAGUACUGGGGUAAGAUUUUAAAUCCCUGUCUUAAAUGCCAGCACAGCCUCUGCAAUUAACCACCUGAAUUAUAAUGCGAUUAUUAUCCGGGUGUUGAUUUCUGCCUGGCUGUGGCUGUCAGCCAAAUGUCAUAAUGCACACAAUUAGUAGAUUUACUCCCUGGCUUACUGAUAACAAAGGAAGCACAAAUAAUUCAUAGGCAGAGGCACCGCUUCUUUGAUGUGACUGAACUCUGAUCCGCUCAGCACCUGAAGGGAUGCAGGCUGAAGAAGGGCAGCCUCAUUAAAGUGGAGAAUAAUGGAAACAAUGCGAGGAGGAAGAGGAGGAGGAAGGGAUGACCCAUGCUGGGCGUUGUGACCUCUUUGGGGCUGGGUCCUGUGGCUCCCAGCCUCCUACUAUGGCACAGGAACAUGCAAAUUCCUGGGGACAUGGGGAGAGUCAAGGAAAACCCAUGUCCCAGACUGAAAUCAUGUCUCUAAUUACAAGGCUGCCUUUUUUUUCCUGGGGUUAAGGGAAAUUCCUGAUGAGAUGUUUCCAUCUGGUUCACAGUCCCUUUGCGCUGGGGCAGUUCAAAGAGGCUGCAAUGUAACUGAGAAUUGAGGACAGCGUUUAUUUAUAGUUGGAUCAUAAAAGCUGUAGAGCUGAGCUCGCAGCAGUGUGCUUAUUUAUGUUUUAAACAGCACCCCACUGCUGGUAAAACAUGUGCUGUAGCUCUGGUAUAACAUUAAGUGUGGCUUUUUGUAAGGUUCAUAACAUAAAGGUUAAAAAAAAGCAAAAGUUAACUAACAAAACAGCUAACAUGUAAAUAAAGAUAGCAGCCAAAAAUGGAGGAAAAUUAACAGUGCAGUUCUGAGAUGAAGUAACACCAAUGGAAGAUUUGUACCUGGAUCAAUUUUUCACAAUACCAGGAAGAAAUCCCUCAAGAAGUUGGAUUCUAGUUCCUUGUGAUGUUACAAAGGAUUUGAGCUUUAUGUGGGGCUUUGUAAUGACAACCCAGCCUCUGGCACCAUCUCAGUACAGUGUCUCAAUGCCAAUUGUGUUUGUAUCACAUUUAUCCUUUCUUUUAAUAUCAGUGUACUUUGCUUUCCCCUCUGGGUUACAGAGGAAAAAGAAAGCAGCUCCUUUUCAUUAUUACCUUUUAAUAGUCUUUCCAGUGAUACAUGGGAGAAUGUUAAUAUCUUUACAGUGACCUCACCUAAACGCUGCCAGAAGCCAGGAAAGGAGUGACAAGUCUGUAGCUAAUGUAGGGGAUGAAAUUCUGGUUAAUGAAAGGAUUUAUAGAAUCACAGAAUCAUUUAGAGAUGGAAGAGACCUGUAAAGGCCAUCUGGUCCAAACUGAGUGAUGGGUGAAGGCUAUCUCCAUCACUGUACGUGAAAAAAGGAACUGACUCUCUAGGAGGGUCUGUUAUGACAGGAUGAGGGGAAAUAGUUUCAAAUGAGAAGAGGGGAGAUAACUCAGUUCUACAUGUGCUUCCUGAUACGUAUAAAAGUCUGGAAAAGAUGGCGAUGUUUAAUCAUCUCACUUGUUCUUUGCACUGGAAAUGCACAUUUUUGUCCAUUACAGAGAAGGUGAAGGAUGUGUGAAAUUAUGGGAUCAAAAAGAGGAGGGAGAGAAGCUGAUAGUUUUGGAGGAAGUUUGGUUAGUUAAGGUCACUGAACUUGGAGGUCUUGUUUGUAGUAAACACUUAUAUUAAGCUGGAGGGUGGGCAGCCCAGUGAAUGGCAGUACAGCUCAGCUGCUUGAGAUACAUGUUCUCAUAACAUGAUCUUUUAGUCUUUAGUUCCUUUUAUCAAAACACAGUGAAAAUCAAACAUUAGGAAGUAAUAAAAUCGCUAGAGGGGAAACAACAAAUCGGCCACCUGAUUACCACAAAGGAUUAAAAAAAGAACAGCUGUUUCAAAAAAGGCUUUUGUUGAAUGUAAUGGCUGCUCCAUAGGUGGCUGAUGAAGAACUAAGACCUAAGGUUUCUUGAAUUUCAUUUCAGUGUAGCCUGGAGGAGAAGAAAAAAAACCUACAUUCAACAUCCCUUUAUUUUUGUGUAAAAAAUUAUCUUUUAUUGAUUUUAAAUAUUACCAUAUGAGCUCUGAACCUGGCCCAUGUUCAGAUUGUGAAAUUGAUAUUUUGUCUUCCAAAUCCAUUUUUUAAAGCCUGAUAAUAACCCAGAUUCACGUCUCAGAUGUGUUGCUUCUAGUUCCAAAUUUAGAAUAUGGAAAAAAUUGAAAAAUCAAGGAAAUGUAAGUCUUCAAGCAUGCCUAGCUUUUAAUUUAGCACUCAAAGUGAGGAAUCUAUUUAAUUUGCUAAAAUAGAGUGAUGACCACUUCCAAAAACAACUGGACAGCUAAAGGAGUAGGACUGAAAUUUAUAAUAUAGCUGCAGAUACCCUCUUCCUCUUUGAAAUAACUGUAAUAUUAAUUUCUUUUGGUCUUUCUCUGUAGAAAAAAUCAGAUGUCAAAGAAUUUCAUAUAAUCAUUUUCUAUGUUGAUUCAGACUUCUUUAAUGAAACACACUUCUUUAUGCUUUCCACAUUAGAGAAAGAUUAGAGAAAGCAAGCUCAAUCUGAUGUACCAGAUCCUGAUGCUGCAAAUUUUAAGCUGAAACAUUCUGGAUGAAGACCUUGAAUUCCAAGGAGAUCUAACAAGAGAGAGUUUGGCGAUUAACCAUGGAUCGUAGGACUGAGGAGAGGAGAAAGCAUCGCCACAGCUUGACUUUACUGGAUCAAGUAAAAAGAAUGAAAGAAUCAUCAGAGAUAAUUGAUGUUGUGCUAGUUGCUGAAGGUGAGAAAUUUCCCUGCCAUAAGGUGGUACUAGCUGCCUUCAGUUCUUACUUCAAAGCCAUGUUUACCUGUGGCUUGGUUGAAUGCACUCAAAGAGAAGUGGUACUGUAUGACAUCUCUGCAGAGAGUGUGUCUGUAAUACUCAAUUACAUCUACAGUGCGGACUUGCACCUCACUAACCAGAAUGUGCAGACUGUUGCAAUGGCUUCGUAUUUCAUGCAGAUGGAAGAUGUUUUCAGCUUGUGUCAGAAGUACAUGAUGGACCACAUGGAUGCUUCCAAUUGUGUGGGCAUCUACUACUUUGCAAACCACAUUGGAGCAGAAGAUUUAUGCGAUCGAGCAAAGAAAUACUUAUUUCAGCACUUUGCUGAGGUGAGCUUACAGGAGGAAAUAUUGGAGAUUGAAGUCCAACAGUUGUUGACUCUUAUAAAAUCAGAUGAUCUGAAUGUUUCCAGGGAGGAAAGCAUUUUGGACCUUGUCAUUAGAUGGGUGAAUCACAGCAGAAAGUCACGUGCAGAACAUCUUAUCAAGCUCUUGAAGGAAGUGAGACUGGUACUGGUCAGCCCUUCCUUUCUCAUGGAAGCCCGCAAAAGGAACACUGUGAUCCUGUGCAAUUCAGAAUGCAGUGAUAUGUUUGAGGAAGCAUUGAAAAGCAUCAAACUAGCCACCCAACCUUCUCUCAGCUUGCGAUAUGGCAUGGAGACUACUGAUCUCUUACUCUGCAUCGGCAACAACUCACAUGGCAUUAGGUCAAGACAUGGGAGCUAUGCAGAUGCCAGUUUUUGCUACGCUCCUGCAACACAAAAGACUUACUUCAUUUCCUCUCCAAAGUAUGGAGAGGGUUUAGGAAGUGUUUGCAGUGGUGUUGUCACUGAGAAUAAUGAGAUUAUUGUGGCAGGAGAGGCAAGCGCUGCCAAAAUGUCUAGACAAAAAAACAAGAACAUUGAAAUUUAUAGAUACCACCAGCGAGGAAAUCAGUUUUGGCACAGCCUGUGCACCGCUGAGUUCCGUGAACUCUAUGCAUUGGGCACUGUCCAUAAUGAUCUCUAUGUGAUCGGAGGGCAAAUGAAAAUCAAAAAUCAAUAUGUGGUCACAAACUGCAUGGAGAAGUACUCAAUGGAGCAAGGUACCUGGAGAAGCACAGCACCUCUGCCGGUGCCAUUAGCCUGCCAUGCAGUGGUGACAAUGAAGAACAGGCUCUAUGUGCUGGGUGGCUGGACACCACAGAUGGAUCUGCCUGACGAUGAGCCGGAUCGAUUAAGUAACAGAAUGUUUCAGUAUGACCCAGGCCGAGACAAAUGGACAGAGUGUGCACCAAUGAAGUACUCCAAAUAUCGCUUCAGCACAGCCGUGGUCAACAGUGAGAUUUACGUCCUGGGAGGAAUUGGGUGCCUUGGCCGUGACAGGGGGCAAACACGGAAAUGUCUUGAUGCGGUAGAGAUUUAUAACCCUGAUGGAGACUUCUGGAGGGAUGGACCUCCUAUGCCUUCCCCCCUCCUCUCCUUGCGAACAAACUCUACCUGUGCAGGCUGCGUGGAAGGCAAGCUGUACCUCUGCGGAGGGUUUCACGGAGCAGCUCGUCACGAGGUCAUCACCAAAGAGAUCCUCGAGUUAGAUACAUGGGAGAACCAGUGGAACGUGGUGGCCGUCAAUGUCCUCAUGCACGACAGCUAUGAUGUUUGCCUUGUUGCUAGGCUGAACCCACGGGAUCUUAUCCCUCCUCCUCCUGAUUUAGUGGACCAAUAGAUGUUCAGUGUCUGCUUCCAAAUUCUGCAGAAAGAGAAGAAUUUGGAGAGACAAAUGCUGCAUUGGCUCUGGGUGGAGCCAGUGGCUCCAUUCUCUCCAUUGGCUAGGCGCCAUUGUACAGCAAGCUUAAGCACGGAAUUGCCUUCAAAAUGUGCUUCUCAGAUGAUGCUUAAUUUGCUGGCACCAGUACUCUGGACUUCUGUGAUUGAAAGCUGAGUUUGCCAGCCUUGUCUCUUAGUCUGUCACUUGGCUGUUCGAGCUGCAGUCUGGUGGUGCUUCCUAGGUGUGCUUCUGGGGCCUGUGCCUUAGGCAUGGAGGCAGCCUGGGGCUUGCCUUGCAGCAGAGCGCUAUGUUUGAAGGAAAGCUUUAGCCAGGAGAAACCCUCCUUUACUGUUCUACUGAGGGAGCUAAGAAAUAUCUGAAGUCGGUUUGGCUGUACCAAGGCGACAGACUAAUUGGCUGAUGCAGAAGCAGAGGGAAGACGGAGAUGAGCAUUUGUUUGCUUAAACAAAAAUAAAGCAUUAGCCAAGGCUCAUUAGCCAAGUACACUAGCUACUGCAAACAUUAUCUAACCCACAGUCAGGGCAUCCCUUCUUUGGCAGCAGAGCUGAGGCUGUGCUGGUAGAAAACUGGUUUUCUGGCAGCCAGUCACAUGUGAGCCUUCCUUUUGUAAUCCUGCACCAAAGAUGAGAAUAAGCUUAAAUUGUCAUAUAGAUCCUACCUGUCAUGAGGCAGAAACUUGUGUGGUCAGAUGGAGAAGAGGAUGUAGAUUAAAAUAAAUGACCAACACUGUUAGCUCUGCAUCUAUGGAGAAAGGAUAAAACCACCGGGCAUUUAGAGUUUAUGUAAAGUAGGUAGUUUUGUAGAAGUAGCUCUAAUGAAAUAACAUAAGGUAAAUUCUGUACCAGUGGAAUUGGCUAUAAGCACAGGGAAGAGUAAUUUCUGAAGGGAAUGCUAGCCUUUCUAGGGCUUGAAGGCAGUGGGUUAGAAAGACAGUAAAUUGUUACUAGUACAGCUGUCCCAUCUGAGCUACCAAUAACUAUUCAUCAUCCCCUGGUGUCUACAUCACAGAAUACAUGUGAGUGAUUGCCUGGGCAGUGUGGACAGGAGAACUGGGAAUUUCUUUUGUGUUCUGGGGCCAAAACUGCAAAUGACUGUAUGGUGCAACAGACAGUGAAUGUCAGAGGCAAACACUGUAAGAGCAAUGAACUAUAGAGAAGAUGACCCAAAAGCCUUUCCCUAGUCCCAACUUUUCUGAUUCAUGAUCUGUUUAAGAUAUCCAACGGGAAUAUUAAUCUGUCAUAUAAAAACAAUUAGCAGGAAGGUCACUGGAGUUUACCUGAUAACUGUUAUCACAUGCUGAGGACUGCUCAGAUAAUCAGGGAGUUGGUGACAGGAACUGAGGAAAACAUGCAGAAAAGAAGUAAAUGGUGAGCCAAAAAACUGAUCUCUCCCUUUGUUUCCUGGGCAGAAUGAGUGUGUCACCCUAAACACAGGCAUUGGUGUUUGUUGCAGUUCCAUGCCAUCCAGACGCUGUUUUCUUUGUUGAAGUGGGUUGUUACCUGUCCAGAGGAGAGUUUUGACAAGCCAGUCUCAACCACUCUGGUCACAAAACACUGUUGCAGAUGUAAGAAUAAGGGGGCAAAAAAAGAAUCUGUUGAAGUAUGUUUUUAAACAAAAGCAAUAGACUAUUUUCCGACUAAGCAUGCAAUAUGGGAAAUUUUUUUAAACUCUAGUUAUUCCUGUGAAGUAUAGGCAACGAUUCUCUGCAGAGCUCUCAAGCCAGCAGGAAGCAAUGCUUGAGGAGCAGCCAAACUGCUGAGUGUUUCCUUGUGAUUACUCUAAAUUCUCCUACAGUGUCUACAGAUACACUACUGCCUUUCCUGGUUUUCUUCCUGCACCACUGGAAACCACUUGCCCUUGCAUGCAUAGAGUGUUGCUUUUCUUCUGCCUGCCUGGUCUGGCUAUUGACAACUCCAUGUCUUUCAGUUUCUGUCCAACAGACCAGCACUAUAUAUCCAGCAGGGAGUUAUUUUCUUCUUUAAAUAUCUAGAACAGAAGAACAGUCAGACCAAUUUAGAUUCCAACUUGAAAACAUUGUGUGGACCCCACUUAGUUCAUUGUUUGCCCCCGGGGCGACUACAGUUUCUGAGUUGGAAAGGAAAGCUUGAGGGAAGGAAGGAAGGAAGGAACUGAAAGCAUGUUUAUUGAGAGGUACCAAUAUGAGCCCAAAUCCUUCCAAGAGUAUGUGAAUGUUGCAUGUCUGAUACGUUUGUGGGUAAUCUCACAUUCCCGGGAAAGCCCUUAAGAGCCUUAAUUUCUUCUACUGCGAAUCCUAAUGCAGGAAUAUUACAGAAUAUGCAUUCUUCAAGCUUGCGUGCUUCACUGAAAUAAUAGUUUACUUCAGCCACUUUCUGGCUGAACAGCAGUUAGCUGAGCCUUUAAUCAAGGCUGCCUUGACAUCAUCCAUAAUUCUAAAAUGUGAACAAAGCAGUGCUGGCAAGCUAUGGGCUGUGGGAAUGAAUGGGGGGAUUAUUAAGCAAAGACAUGCGCUUCAGUUUCACUUGAAACACUGAAGUACAUCACUAGUUGCCAACUAUGAAUAAAAAAAAUAUUGGAGAGGUUACUGGUCACAUGCAUGGGGAGUAAAGAAAAAAAAUGGAAAGCUAUGAAAAGCGAAUUGAAGCUCUCCCAUUAGUGUUUUAUUUUGGGAUUGCCAGUGCAUAGCUGAUUUCAUAAGGAUCCCUGUGAGUCUCUGAUCUCUGUUUUCACCCAUGAGGUCACAAGAGCUGCCUACACAUGUGAACCCUCAGGCACCUGACUAUGCAUUCUCACAUGCCACUGCUGUGAUGGCUUGUGGCUCAGUCACUGCCUGUGCAAACAAACACAUGCACCAUUUCUUAUGUGCAACACUGAAAUGCAUUCUGGAUUGUGUUCCAGCUGUAUUCUGCCAUUCAGGAUGCUUCAUCUUGCUGGCAGAAAAUUACCUCAUUGCUUACAAAGCUGUUGGUUACUGCACUCCCAGGUGUGUUCCAGGCUGCAGACUGAGGCACCAUCAAUGAAGCUUAGAGCUGCUCCCAGAAUGUUGUGCACAGAGGAGCCAAGGUGGGUGCAAUGAUGCUCCCAUCACUUCCCAGGGAGAAUUCAAGAUGUAAAAAGAUUAUGCCCUGGAUCUUAAUCUUACAUUUUUCCUCUACUCUAAAUGCCUAUUGAGAUUCUUGAUCACCCAAAAAGCAAUGAAAGCAAAUGUUACAAUGAUGCAUAUAAAUGUAAAAAAUUGUAAAGUAUAUUUAUUCAGGUCUGUAUUGUUUUUCUGCCAAUCUGGAAGUCAGUGGUGUUCUUUUAAUAUGGAUUUACUAGUGAUUGCUAUCUUAGCUGUAGCAAUGAGGUCUCUUUCAUAGGCUGAUCUCCUAAUGGAUUAUGGAGCUCCUCUGAAAAUUCGUUUCAUGAAUCAUAAUGCUUUGAAUCCCCAGGUCAGAAUUUCAGCUGCUCUUUGCAUGUUUCUGUGGCUCUCCCUACAGCUUUUCAAGUGGACUGUAGCUGUAGCUUCAAAGAAAAGCUAUUUCGCCCCCAGUUGUGCUCAGCUGGAACUGGUACGUUUGCAAUUUGCAAUCAUUUGACAUGUCGAGGUUGAAAGCAAAGGAAAUACUGAGAAAUGGAGAAAAUAUACGUAGAGCCUAUACAGAAGUACAUUUCCUUCUUUUCCAUGUGCUUACUGCUCUGCCUGGGUAUCUGAUGGAAAGAUUUAAUAACAACCCCUGACUGCAGCCAUGGCAAAGGCCAUGCUGGGUUAUGAGUUUGUGCUGCUGGAGCAGAGAGUCAGCACGGUGCUAAGCUGUGCUGCUUUGUCAGACGUAAUUACCUUCAAACAAAAAUGUCUUUAGGUGUUCCAUGAUGUAUACCUGUAUGCGUUUUCUAUACAAAUGUAUAACUUUAUUUUUGGAAGUUCUUUACUGACAGCAGCAGAAUCCCUUUUUAACACUUACCUGGCAACCUGUCUUCUGUACAGCUCAUCAAAAUACUUCAAAUAAAGUGCUGUUCUUUAAA